CUUACUCUUCCUCCCCAGUCCCUCCCCUCCCCUCCCCCUUACCUCCUCCGGUUCCAGCCUUUGAGGCGGCGCGAGUGUGAGAGGCUAUGGAGUAAGCCGGCGGCAGUGGCCAGGCGCAGGGGCUGAGCAGGAGCAGCCAGGAGGCGUUUGGGGGGGCGGGGGAAAAGAGCCCCAGCACCGCCCCUCCCGGGGGAGAAGGGGAAGAGGUAACAAUAACUACCCAGAAUUGCAGCCAUGGAGUCCAUGCUUAAUAAGUUGAAGAGUACUGUUACAAAAGUAACAGCUGAUGUCACUAGUGCUGUGAUGGGAAAUCCUGUCACUAGAGAAUUCGAUGUUGGUCGACACAUUGCCAGUGGUGGCAGUGGGCUAGCUUGGAAGAUUUUUAAUGGCACAAAAAAGUCAACAAAGCAGGAAGUAGCUGUUUUUGUCUUUGAUAAAAAGCUGAUUGACAAAUAUCAAAAAUUUGAAAAGGAUCAAAUCAUCGAUUCUCUAAAACGAGGAGUCCAACAGUUAACUCGACUACGACACCCUCGACUUCUUACUGUCCAGCAUCCUUUAGAAGAAUCCAGGGAUUGCUUGGCAUUUUGUACGGAACCAGUUUUUGCCAGCUUAGCCAAUGUUCUGGGUAACUGGGAAAAUCUACCUUCCCCUGUAUCUCCAGACAUUAAGGAUUAUAAACUUUAUGAUGUAGAAACUAAAUAUGGUUUGCUUCAGGUUUCUGAAGGAUUGUCAUUUUUGCAUAGCAGUGUGAAAAUGGUUCAUGGAAAUGUUACACCUGAAAAUAUAAUUUUGAAUAAAAGUGGAGCCUGGAAAAUAAUGGGCUUUGAUUUUUGUAUAUCAUCGACCAAUCCUUCUGAACAAGAGCCUAAGUUUCCAUGUAAAGAAUGGGACCCAAAUUUACCAUCAUUGUGUCUUCCAAAUCCUGAAUAUUUGGCUCCUGAAUACAUACUUUCUGUGAGCUGUGAAACAGCCAGUGAUAUGUACUCUUUAGGAACUGUCAUGUAUGCUGUAUUUAAUAAAGGGAAAGCUGUAUUUGAAGUUAACAAGCAAGAUAUUUACAAGAGUUUCAGUAGACAGUUGGAUCAGUUGAGUCGUUUAGGAUCUAGUUCACUUACAAAUAUACCUGAGGAAGUCCGUGAGCAUGUAAAACUACUGUUAAAUGUAACUCCAACUGUAAGACCAGAUGCAGAUCAAAUGACAAAGAUUCCCUUCUUUGAUGAUGUUGGUGCAGUAACACUGCAGUAUUUUGAUACCUUAUUCCAAAGAGAUAACCUUCAGAAAUCACAGUUUUUCAAAGGACUGCCAAAGGUUCUGCCAAAACUGCCCAAGCGUGUCAUUGUGCAGAGAAUUUUGCCUUGUUUGACUUCAGAAUUUGUAAACCCUGACAUGGUACCUUUUGUUUUGCCCAAUGUUCUACUCAUUGCUGAAGAAUGUACCAAAGAAGAAUAUGUCAAGUUAAUUCUACCUGAACUUGGCCCUGUCUUUAGACAGCAGGAGCCAAUCCAGAUUUUGUUAAUUUUCCUCCAAAAAAUGGAUUUGCUACUAACCAAAACUCCUCCUGAUGAGAUAAAGAACAGUGUCCUGCCAAUGGUUUACAGAGCCCUAGAGGCUCCUUCCAUUCAGAUCCAGGAACUCUGUCUAAACAUCAUUCCAACCUUUGCAAAUCUUAUAGACUACCCAUCCAUGAAAAAUGCCUUGAUACCAAGAAUUAAAAAUGCAUGUCUACAAACGUCUUCCCUCGCUGUACGUGUAAAUUCAUUAGUGUGCUUAGGAAAGAUUUUGGAAUACUUGGAUAAGUGGUUUGUACUUGAUGAUAUUCUGCCGUUCUUACAACAAAUUCCAUCCAAGGAACCUGCGGUCCUCAUGGGAAUUUUAGGUAUUUACAAAUGUACUUUUGCUCAUAAGAAGUUGGGAAUCACCAAAGAGCAGUUGGCUGGAAAAGUAUUGCCUCAUCUGAUUCCCCUGAGUAUUGAAAACAAUCUUAAUCUCAAUCAGUUCAAUUCCUUCAUUUCCGUCAUAAAAGAGAUGCUUAAUAGAUUGGAGUCUGAACAUAAGACUAAACUGGAGCAACUUCAUAUAAUGCAAGAACAGCAGAAAUCUUUGGAUAUAGGAAAUCAAAUGAAUGCUUCUGAGGAGAUGAAAGUUACAAAUGUUGGGUCUCAGCAUAUUGACAAAGUCUUUAACAACAUUGGAGCAGACCUUCUGACUGGUGGUGAAUCAGAAAAUAAAGAGGAUGGGUUACAGAAUAAACAUAAAAGAGCAUCACUUACACUUGAAGAAAAACAAAAACUGGCAAAAGAACAGGAGCAGGCACAGAAGUUGAAAAGCCAGCAACCUCUUAAACCCCAGGUGCACACACCUGUUGCUCCAGUCAAGCAGACUAAGGACCUGACAGACACAUUGAUGGAUAAUAUGUCAUCUUUGACCAGUCUUUCUGUUAGUACCCCUAAAAUUUCUGCUUCAAGUACCUUCACUUCUGUUCCUUCCACGGGCCUUGGUAUGAUGUUUUCUACACCAAUUGAUAAUACAAAGAGAAAUUUAACAAACGGCCUGAAUGCCAACAUGGGCUUUCAGACUUCAGGAUUCAACAUGCCAGUUAAUACAAACCAGAACUUCUUCAGCAGUCCAAGCGCACCUGCAGUGGCCAAGAUGACACUGGGAACACCUUCCACUUUGCCAAACUUCAGUGCUGUGAGUGUUCCUCCUGCUGGUGCGAAGCCGACUCAGCAAAGACCCACAGAUAUGUCUGCUCUUAAUAAUCUCUUUGGCCCUCAGAAACCCAAAGUUAGCAUGAACCAGUUAUCACAACAGAAACCGAAUCAGUGGCUUAAUCAGUUUGUGCCUGCUCAAGGGUCUCCAGGUGUGGGCAGUUCGGUAAUGGGAGCACAGGUGCGCAUGAUAGGACAGUCUGCCUUUGGUAUGCAGACUAAUCCUUUCUUUAACCCGCAGAACUUUGCACAGCCGCCACCUACUAUGACCAGUAGCAGUUCAGCUAGCAGUGACUUAAAAGAUCUUUUUGGGUGAGGUGUCAUGCUCCUGUUUUUGAAGGAUUACUUCAGUUUUAAUCAUGGGUAAGCUGAUUUACAUCUAUAUAGUUGGCUUGGAGGAAGUACUUCUGUGGGAAAGUGAAUGGUCCUGUGACAGAAGAAAACCUGUUGUCAUGCCAGCAUAGUAGUUGUAUGGACUCUUUAACAGUUGAGGUUUUUAAAGCCUUGAGGAUUUUUUUCCUCUUACCAACUCCUCUUCAGGUUUUUAAAAGACCCAACCCAUAUCAAUCUCAACGAGAAAAAAAGACACCUGAGUAUCUUGAAUAGCAGAAUUUUUAAAUCAAAUGUUUAUUUUGGCUUGUAAAUCUUGGUGUUAUUUAAAAAAUUGAGUUGAUGGUAAUUGCAAGUUUCAUCUGUUAAAUACUACAUGGUACACAGUCUGCCUUCACAAGUCAUUAGUCUUCAUUUUUACUAUGUGAAAAAUCUUGAUACUGUAUUGAUUUGUUUGCAUUUAGUGUGACUGAGUGAGAAAAUGAUAAGCCUAACGAAAAGGAUCGGGUCAUUUGCUUUUCCAAUCUUAUUACUUCUCAGAUGAACUAAUGUUUAGUGCAAAAGACUGAGCAAACACUGCAGAAUUUAACUUAACCUUGAUUUCAUUGGUUCAAACUAAAGGCAUUAUUAACUAUCAUAAAUGCAAACUAAUCGUUGUAAAUUAUAUUUUAGCAUGGUCUGCCUCAAAUAGUAAUGUAUUUUUCUGCAUUUACUUGGAUAUGUUUAGAAUCACUUUUUUUCCUACUAUAUCACAGACAGAAGAGGUAUGUACUGAUUUGUACAGGUAUUUGACAAAGCCCUCUGAUGUGCUUUCCCUGACUACUGCCUUCAUAUUUCAUUUUGAAUUCAAACUUCUGAGGUUGCAGCACAUAUGAAUUGCAUUUUCAAAAGGAGAUUUGUAAGAAUUAAACUAUAUUUAAUGAAUAUACUUUUGAGAUUUCUGCUGUAUUGUUUCAAAUGUAAUAAACUUUACUUCUCUAAAAA